AUGGCCUUCACGCCUAGAGGAGGAGCACCCAGGGGACGCGGCGGCUUUGGCGGCGACAGAGGUGGCAGAGGCGGCGGUCGUGGUGGCUUCGGUGGCCGUGGUGGCUCAAGAGGAGGAUUUGGCGGCGGCGAUCGUGGUGGUCGUGGUGGUGCCAGAGGUGGUGGCAGAGGCCGUGGUGCACCUAGAGGAGGAGCUAGAGGAGGUCGUGGCGGCGCAGCUGGUGCAAAGGGCGGCCAGAAGGCCGUCGUUGAACCUCACCGUCACGAGGGAGUCUUCAUCGCAAGAGGAAAGGAGNGUAUGUUAUGUACCCGCAGCAUGGCCCCAGGCGUGGCUGUGUACGGAGAGAAGCGCAUUACCGUCGAUUCGCCUGCUCCUGUCGUCGAGAACGGCGAAACUGCCGCUGCAACCAAGGUCGAAUACCGUGUCUGGAACCCCUUCCGCUCAAAGAUUGCCGCUGGUAUCCUCGGUGGUCUCCAGGACAUCUACAUGAAGCCCGGUAGCAAGGUUCUUUACCUUGGUUCGGCCUCUGGUACUUCCGUUUCUCACGUCGCUGAUAUCGUCGGACCCACUGGUACCGUCUACGCCGUCGAGUUCUCCCACCGUUCCGGUCGUGACUUGAUCAACAUGGCUACUCACCGCACCAACGUUAUUCCCAUCGUUGAGGACGCCCGUCACCCUCUCAAGUACCGUAUGCUCGUUGGCAUGGUCGACUGCAUCUUCGCCGAUGUUGCCCAGCCCGACCAGGCCCGCAUCGUCGGUCUUAACGCUCACUUGUUCCUCAAGGUCGGCGGUGGUGUCCUUGUCUCCAUCAAGGCCAACUGUAUCGACUCGACCGCUGCCCCCGAGGCCGUCUUCGCUCGUGAGGUGCAAAAGAUGAGAGAGGAGCGCAUCAAGCCCAAGGAGCAGCUUACCCUUGAGCCCUUCGAGAGAGACCAUGCCAUGGUUGCUGGUAUCUACCAGCGCGCAGCAUAA